CGAGGGAAGGGGCCUGAGGCCAAGCCGCAGGUCAGAUCACACAGGCCGGGACUGAAGGAAGGAAACGAGCUGUGGUCCAGCAGAUGAAGUGAUGGGCCAGGACGGCGGGAGAGACAGCAUGACGUGGCCUCUCAGCCUGGAAGGAGGGUGGGGAAUGAACCCCUCGUGCUGGAGUGGGAAGGACCCUUUUGGGACAAGGAGCACUGAAACGCCCCACCCACCCCCGACCCCUCUGGGAGCCGUGACCUGGGCCAGACCCACAUCUGACCUGCAUGUUUAAGAGCAAGAACUACAAGGCAGUUUGCCUGGAAUUGAAGCCAGAGCCAAUCAAAGUAAGAAGCUUUUUUGAGGCCAUGCCGGCAGCCAGGCCUGAGACCCGUGGGGAGGUGUCUUGGAGUCAGGGGGCUUUCGCUGUUGCUGGUGCCCAAGACUUGUCCCAGACAUAUGACUACAAAGGCGUUAAACAAGAAGGGCCAUUUACCAAACCAGGAGGGACAAAGGAGCUAAAGAAUGAACUCAGGGAGGUGAGGGAAGAGCUCAAGGAAAAAAUGGAGGAGAUAAAACAGAUAAAGGAUGUAAUGGACAAGGAUUUUGAUAAACUCCAGGAAUUCGUGGAGAUUAUGAAGGAAAUGCAAAAGGAUAUGGAUGAGAAGAUGGAUGUUUUAAUGAAUAUACAGAACAGCAAGCUUCCCCUUAAAAGAGGAAAGGAGCAGCAAGAACUCAGGCUAAUAGGAAAGAAGGACACAGACCCACAGCUCCGCCUCAAGAAAAGGGAUGGAGCUGAGGGAGCACCGCUCAGUCUUCAAAAGAAGAUGAUGGCGCUGCAAAAAUCGAAAAAGGACCCAGUGGAUUCCCUUCACCAGUGUGAGACUUGCUGUGACAAUUCCGCACCAGGCCUGGGCACCCUUUUCACCCUUGGCAUCUGGAUCUGCCUUCUGAUUUAUCUGUGCUUCAACUCCUGUGUGAUGGAGGACGUGCUUCCCACCUAGAGCCCCGGCAGGACUGUGGGCAGCUCCGCUCUGGUUCACCUCUCCUGACUCCUUGAGCCUUGGACGCCGCCGAGAGCUGCAAGGCUCACUGCCCUCACGAAAACCACCCUGCCCCGGCUCCCUCCACCCGGAGAGGAAGAUCUUCCUUUAAAGCCAAAACGGGAGUCAGCAUUAUGAAUAUCAGCCCCCAGCUUGAGUGUGCGGUGUCACUUCUUUUGGAUCAAAAUCAGCGUAUUUCAGACCCCAACCCUUCCUCGUGCUUCCUGAUGGUUUAGUGGAAAAUUCUUGGGGUCAUCCUUGGGGUUUUUCCCCUCCCCUCUCCCCCAUCGCCUCCUGACACUUCCCCCAGUUCUGCAAAAGUCCCAGGUCAAAAGGACUGGCCCUGAAGAUAUGAGAUGCCAUUCUGUGUGAUCCCAGAAUGUGUGUGUGUGUUUGUGUGUGUGUGUGUGUGUGUGUGUGUGUCCGUGUCCCCGUGUCCGGGGCGCCCAGUGCCUAGCCAGUACUGCUUCCCUCUGGGGUCUUGUCCCCAAGCAGGACUUGAGGCUCCGCUCCUUGUAUGAACUGGAUCCCUUUCUUGGAUUCUAAGGACCCAUCCUCCUUGCCUUCUGGAAGGUUUCCUCACCCCUACCCCACCCCCCCUCAAAGAAGACCUAGCCCUUCAGAGGACUUUGAAGGUGGGGAUGAGCCAUUAACUGCCUACCACUCCCCUCUGUCCGGCCCCAGAUCUCUCGACUGAGGAGGACGAAGCUUGCCUGCUGGCUUGAAAUAAGAGCAAAGAUACAGGGAAAACCGUAUUUCAACAAACCUCCCCGCCGUGGGUGUGGUUCAGUGAAGAAGGAAUUAAUGGGGUUCCAUAUUUUUUUCUCACCAGCUCUUUCUUGUUUCAUCUCUUUGCUAAGUUGGCUGCUUCAGCUUUUAGAUGGUCCAGCAAAUGAUCAAAUUCUUUUUUUAUUUUUUAAAAAUUUAUAUAUAUAUAUUUUAUUGAAGUGUAGUCAGUUUACAGUGUUGUGUCAACUUCUGGUGUGCAGCACAAUGCUUCAGUCAUACAUAAGUUACUGCAAGAUAUUGAAUAUUGUUUCCUGUGCUAUAUAGUGGAAACUUGUUUACAUUAUAUAUAUUUUAGUAUUUGCAAAUCUUGAACUCCCAAUUUAUCCCUUCCCACUCCCUUUCCCCCUCCAGUAACCAUAAGUUUGUUUUCUAUGUCUGAGUCUGUUUCUGUUUUGUAAAUAAGUUCGUUUGUCUUCUUUUUAGAUUCCACCUAUAAGUGAUAGCAUAUGGUAUUUUUCUUUCUCUUUCUGGCUUACUUCACUUAGAAUGAUGACCUCCAGGUCCAUCCAUGUUGCUGCAAAUAGCAUUAUUUUAUUUUUUUAUGGCUGAGUAGUAUUCCAUUAUAUAAAUAUACCACAGCUGCUUUAUCCAGUCAUCUGUUGAUGGACAUUUAGGUUGUUUCCAUGUUUUGGCUAUUGUAAAUAGUUGAUCAAGUUCUUUUUUUUAAUAUAUUUUCUUUUUUGAUUUUUAAUUUUUUUUGGUGGGGGCAGGUAAUUAGGUUUACUUGGUUUUUUAUUUUUAGAGGAGGUACUGGGGAUUGAACCUAGGACCUCAUGCAUGCUAAGCAUGCGCUCUACUGCUUGAGCUACACCCUCCCCUCGAUCAAGUUGUUAACAUCUACAUCAUCAUGAGUGAUGCCUUGGGUGCUUCUGAUAUACGUUUAAAGAACAACCAAAAGCAAAAUAAAACACAGGCCUUGCCCUCAAGGAGCUUAUAGUUUUAAAGGAGAGAUGGUAGACUCGUCUAUCAAAAAUAUGGACCGUGUAUAAAUAAGCACAACCAUCAUUAGCCGGUGACGAAAGCAGAGGUGGAUUAGGGGUGGGAGAAGGAGAAGGGAGGGUAUAGCCUGCUGUUAGUUUCCUGUUGCAGCUGUAACAGAUUACCACACAUUUAAUGGCUUAAGACAACACAAAAUUGGUUCAAAAUUGGUCUCACUGGGCUAAAGUCAAGGUCUUGGCAGGUCUGCAUUCCUUCUGGAGACUCAGAGGAGAGUCUUGCCUUUUUCAGAUCCCAGAGGCUGCCUGCAUUCCCGGCCUCGUGGCCUCCUUCCCUCCCCAAAGCCAGCAGUGGCCAGUCAAGUCUGUCUCACUCUGCAACACUGAUUCUUCUGCCUCCUGCUUCUGCUUUCAAGGACACUUGGGAUUACACUGGGCUCACCUGGGAAUCCAGGACGCUCUCCUGGGCUUAAGGUCACCUGAUGAUCAGUCUUGCUCCCCCUCUGCCAUGUAACGGAACAUGUUAGCAGGCUCUGGGGAUUAGAACAUGGGUAUCUUUGGGGGCCAAUAGUCUGCCUACCAAAGGGGACCCCCAGACCCCAUCUCUUGACUACCAAACCUCCAAACACUUGGGAACACUGCCUCACUCAGUUCUGUGUUGGGGGGGUUUUAAAAUAGGCCCAGAAAUUCUUUGAAACUCUUUCAAGAGGAAGCUAAUUCCUCUCCCCUUGAGGGAGGGCUAGACAUAGUGAAGAACAGAAUAUGGCAGGAGUGAUGGUGUCUUACUUCCGAGGGGAAAUCAUAAAAGGCAUGUGGUGUCCGUCUUGCUGUCUCUUGGAUGCUUAUCCUGGGUAAAGCUCACUGCCAUGUGGUGGGACACCCAAGUGGUCCUAGGGGAAGGGCCGCAUGUCCAGGAACGGAGGCCUCCUGCCAAGAUGUGAGGAGUCGUUUUCCAGCCCCAGCCGAGCCCAGAGAUGACGGUAGUCCUGGCCCACAUCUUGACUGCAGCCUCGUGAGAUGACCUUGAACCAGAGCCCAGUUAGAUGUCUCUUACACACCUGACCUGCAGGAACUGUGAAAUAAUAAAUGCCUGUUGAUUCAAGUUGCUAGAUUUGGAGGCAGUUUGUCAGGCAGCAAUAGAUAACACCAGUGCCAAUUUGAAGAACAAAAACAAGGUCGUCAGGGAAACAGCUGCCAGGAUCAGCUGAGUGCAAGUGGUUGUGCCGUGCUGAUCAAGCCCCCAGGGCUGGGGGCAGUGGUUUCUGCAGUCCCUGUCCCUUAACCCUUCCCAAGCUCCCCUGUGCCCUGGUUCCGUGUCAUCCAAUGCAGAGGCAACAGAAGGACACCACCGUGCGUUACGGGGCAGGUUUGCCUGGCUGUCACACGGCUGUCAUGUCUGUCCUUGGGGAUGGACCUUUGGGGAGCCGCAGCCUGUCAUUCCUGCUGACAGUGCGCAUGGGCCAGCUUUGCUGGUGAGUGUGUGCCUUUUCAGUGGGUCUCAAUGUCACCUCAUCUGGAAGGAAAUCGUACUUAACCUUGUCUCUCCUCCCAAAUGCGCUAUUCCUGUCCUGUGUGCAGAGCCUCUUGGGGGGCACUUCCCUGACUUGGGGCAUCACUUCUUUGUGCUGGAGGACCCACUUCAUCAGAGCAAGGUGGAUAGGCCAUCUGCCCAAUCGGACUCCUUUCCCAGGGAAUUUGAGAUUGGAAUUUCGUGAGACUCAGCCCCCAGAAUUGAGGAUUUGUAAUCAGGAGAUGGGGAGGCAUCUGCCACCAUCGGCCAAAGAAGCAGAGAUUGCUGAUCUAUGGAAAAAGGAAACCACUUUGUGAAGAGAAGAAUGAAACGGAAAUGCUGAGAGAAGCGGAGACCGUGUAGUUCCGGAGAGGCGGAUGCAAGAGCCAGUGUCUGGCCCGGCCCUGCUGGCCCCUGCCUUGGCUCAGUGAGAGCCCCUGGGCCCUUGGACUGCAGAGUGGCUGUUACUUACCACCAGACAAGCCUGAACUAGGCCCCGCAGUUAGAAGACCCUCGGAGAUUAUCUGGUCUAAUCUCUUCAACUUAUAAUGAGGAUUCUGAGGCCCAAAGAGGCACAGUGAGGUGCCCUCAGUCACACAGCCCAUUUGCAGCAAAGCCAGGACCUGAACCCAGAUUUCCUGACUCCUGGGCCAGUGCUCUGUGACUCUCGGGGGCUGCCAGUACUUCCAAGGGCAACGAGAUGAGGAAGAAGGAGGACAGACCUCAGGUCAGCUGGGUCGAGACAUGAAUCAGUGCUGUGGCAGCAGGACAAAACACAGCCAAACACAAUCCAAGUCUCAAUUCUGGAGAUUGCACAGUGAGUCUGAGAGCCUGACCCUGGGUCCAACCACAGGGGACCGAGAAGGUGAAGGACGUGCCCUCAGCAGGAGAAAGAUGGCCCAGGAAGGACCCUUAAGGAUGGAGACAAAGUCAGCUGAGAUUUCCUGAAGUCCUUUCUGAUGGAAAGCACCUAGGACCUUUCUGGUUUCCUGGGAGUGACCGGUGAAGUCAUGCAUUGUCCAAAUGUUCAUCCGGAGGAAGGGGGUGGCUUCAUCUCACUAAAAGGACAAUUUAAAAGGACAACAGAAAACCAGUGAAAAUGGCUGUAUGUCUCUGGCCACGAGUGACACUCGCUCAGUGCGUAUCAUCCCACCCUCAGUGGUCUGCCACCCUCUUCUCCGGGCUGAGCGAUUACAACGUCCUGGAGUAGAGGAGGAGUCCCUGCAGUCUCUCCCCAGCAAGCCAAGCUUGUCCUUUUAGAAAGUUAGUUAGAUCACGUUGCUCUUCUGCUCAGCACCCCCGGGCUUCCCGUUCCUCUCGGAGCGGAAUCCACGCUCAGGGCCGGCCGUGCCUCCGGGUCAGCCCUGCCGCCGGCACGCCCACUGCGCACGCGCGGCCCUCCCGCUGCCUCGCCCGGCUCCCGCCGCUGUUUUCCUCCCUCUUCAAACCCGCCACGUGCAUUCUCACCUCAGGGCCUUUGCACUCGCAAAUAUCCCCUCCCAUUUCCUCAGCUCUCCACGUGGCCGUCCACUCAAAAGUACCUCUCUCAGUGACACGUUCCCUGUUACCCAGCACAGAUAACAGUAUCCCCGCCCCAGCGUUCCUUAUCGUCCUCACUCUGCUGUAUCUUCCUCUCCAGCACCCUGAGCACCCAGUGGCAGCUUACACACUUCACUUGUUUGUUGUCUGUCUCCUGCCGGAAUGUGGGUUCCUUGAGAGCAGAGGUGGUGUUUCGGCCACUGCUCUAUUCCAGGCGCUAGGGCGGUGCUGAGGGUACAGCAGGGGACUGAUGGACACUCCCCAAAGGGACAGGUGAGUGUAAAGAUACCUACUCUGUCCCGGACCCCGCAGGCUCUGCGCUCAGAGCUUCCUCUGCAUUAUUUUAUCUUAUUCUUACAACAACCCUAUGAAGUCAUUCUGCCUGCCUUCCCACUGAAUAGACAUUGAACAGACAUUUAAACGGUCCUUCUCCCCGUUUUAUACAGGAGGAGCCGGCUCAGAGAGAGAAGGUAAUGAAAGUAAUCUGUCCAAGGUCACAAAGUAAGUGGCAGAGCUGAAAUUUGAACCUGAGCAUCCCGAUGUCAGAAUCUCCUUCCUCUACCCUCUUGCUUCUCACUGUGUGGUCCCUGAGCCAGCAGCGUCAGCAGUAUCUGGAACUUAGAAAUGCAGAGUCCCAGGCUGCGUGCCAGCCCUACAGAACCAGGACCCGCGUUUUAAUGAGACCUCCCAGGUGACGCGAGUGCUCACUGUAGUCAGAAGUUGUGCUCUCUGCAUGCCCUCAGGUGUGUGCAAAAUAGGGGACCUCCCUCUGAGCCAGGGGCUGCCCGUGGUCUGGGUUAGUUUGGCAGUGGGUUCUGUCCCCCCGUGGGUUGCCUGCUACCCCUAGAGAUGAGAGCUCUUUAGUAUCUGCCGGGCUCUGGAGAGGGGGGACCAAACUUCGCUAUGACUGGCAGAAGCUCAGUGCCAGCCUCUGUCCGGGAGCCAGUCCUGCUGUGGGACUUCUCUUUCUUGGAGGAAAGCCUCUCAGUUCACUUAGGAAAAACCAUACCUGUGCCUCUUAAAAGCGUGUGAAAGACCCUAUGGGCAUCAGAGAUGUGGCACUGAGCCUGGAGUAGAAGCUGUUUCCACCUGACACUUAGGCACUUGGGCUGGGGAGGUUGUGAGAACAAAACAAUAUCUAUUUUCAAUUAAAUUAUUAAAGCCCGGGAGCCCACCCUUUUACCCAUUUUUAUCACCAAGUACCACCUUCAGUCUUGACAUUCAUGAAGAAUGGGCCUGUAAUAAAACUCAAAAUCCUCACUCCCAGGCUUGCCCAAGCCCACUAAAAACAAGGGUGUAUGUCUCUGUGAACCCAAGUAUGCAAAAAGCCGACUAUGAAAACACCAGCAGAGGGCGCUGUGACCCCACUGGUCCCUGCCCACUGACCUCUCCAGGAAGGAAAAGCUGCAAAGACGCAAGAAAGGAAAUCAGAUAGGAUUGGAGGUCUGGGCCCUGGGGCCCCUCCUGGUUUUGUCUUUGGAAUCUUGUGGGAGCCCAGGACUCCUGACACCUCUCAUUUGUGCCUACAGGAAAGCCAGUGGUCACCCACAUAGGGGUCCAUUCCAAAAGGCUCCUCCAACAUCUAAUAUUUGGAACUCACAAAAAAGUGAGGCCACUCCUUUAUUUACUUAACCAGCCUUUGGUGAGCACCUGCUGUGAGCCAGACAUAGAGCAAGACCAUGCCUUUUGCAUAAGGGGUGCCAUCACAAUAGUUAGAUGGAGGCCAGCCCCCUAAGCCUUGUAAAUCUCUAAUAGAGAGAUACUAGAACAAACGAGACUGUUUCCUGUUCUGAGGUCGAAGAAAAGGAACAGGGGAAGGGCAGAGCGGAGGAGAGGGAUGACCACGUGGGGAGAGAAGAAGUAGGGGAGCCAAGCAGGAGCAGGAGGACCCUGGGGAACAGGAGGGGAGGUUGGCUUCCAUCCCUGCCUGGUGCGUAUACAAUAUAGAACUUUCAAAAGUUUGUCUUUGGCUUCCUCCCACUUCCCUUUCUAGACCCUGACUUGGGACAGUUUCUGCAGAGCCUGGGACUGCAGGGAGCAAGCCCGGAGCCCCUGCAGCACGCCCCCCGCCUGCCCUGCUGGUUGUGGCCACCGCGCUCAGGAGCUUUCUCCUCUCCGCUCCCCGUCCACACCCCCAGACCCGCAGCUGCCCUCCUCAGCUCAGGGUUGGUAGCCAGGUAGUCCUAUAAACAAAUGUGCCCUGAUGUGUGGCAGACUGGCCCACCCAGGGAUGUGUGUGACUUUCCAAGAGUACCCAAAUUCAUCUCAAAGUGGUAACAUUCCAGACAGUGGGCUGGCGGGCCAUGACAGUUUCAGGCUGUGUCGGGGAUGGAGUUUUGGGAGCAAGACCUGAGCAGCUGCCAAGGGGGUCUCACACAGUGUUUGCUCAACAGGCAUUGGUACCACAGGAAAAUCCGGAUGCCUGUCCACACAGAAGGAAGUAAAGCUGACAUUGCCCUGCCUUGUUCAUUAUGUCUUCGCUAAUGCUGCUCUCACCACAGGGAAUGUUCCUCCAGGUCUACCUCUUAAAGUCCCAGCCAGCAGUGGUGACAGAAGUCACACUAGUGGUUACCUGCAGGGUGAGGGUGGGGCCGGGGGGGAAGACAGGGUAGAGGUGCAGGGGAGGGCACUAGAGUGCUGAUAACAUCCUAUUUCUUGAUCUGGGUGGUGGUGACAUGAUUGUGUGCUCUGUGUAAAAUGUUAUUCAUCAAACUGCAGAUGUUAGAUGGUGCAGGUCCUCAAAAAAAAAAUUUAGCAUGGAGUUACCACUAAGAGCCAGCAAUUCCACUCCUAGGUACAUGCCCCAAAAACCUGAAAAUAUAUGCCACACACAAAAAGUAUCUGUGAGUGGCAGCAUUGUUCAUAAUAGCAUUCUUCAUUAUAAUGAAUUCAGCAUUAUUCAUAAUAGCUGAGAGGCGGCUAUAACCCAGAUGUCCCUCAGCUGUUGAUGACUGAUAAAGAAAAUGUGAUCUAUUCAUACCACGGAAUAUUACUCAGCCAUAAAAAGGAAUGAUGGCCUGAUACAUGCUAUGACAUGAAUGGACCUUGGAAACAUGCUUAAGUGAAAGAAAACAGUCACAAAAGAUGACAUAUUGUAUGAUUUUAUUUAUAAGGAAGUCCAGAAGAGCCAAUUCCACAGAGAUAGAAAAUGGAUUACUGAUUGCCAGGGGCUGGGGGAGAGGGAAGUGGGGGGUGACUGCUAAUGGAUGUGGGAUUUCUUUAGGCGGGGAAUGAAAAUGUUCUGGAAUUAGUGGCAACAGUUGUACAACUCUGCGGCUGUACUGAAGUGUACACUUGAAAGGUGUGAAUUCUACAGUGUGUGAAUUAGAGCUCAAAAACAGGAUCAAGCUGUACCUUUAUGAUUUGUUCCCUUUGAUCUCUUAAUAAUAUAUAUAUAUAUAUUUAAGUUUAAAAGUGAAGAUGCCACUACUCUGUUGCCGUGGCUCCUGAGGUUUUAAAAAAGUCACACCAAAAGUGCCACCUCCUCUAUGAAGUCUCCCUCAUCACCCCCACCCCCACCCCCAAGAUCCUUUAGCAUUUAGUGCCAACAACCUGCUUACUACUUACUGCUCGUAGAUCCUGGCCACUCAGUGCGGCUGUGGACCAACAUCCCUGCAUCCCUUGGGGGCUUGUUAGAUGUGCAGCCUCUCAGGCCACCCAGACCUGCUAAAUCAGACUCUGCCUUUCAACAAGAUCACCAGCUGGCAUGCUUCUACGAAGAAGACAAUGAUAGACCCUGAAAUCACUAUUUUGAAACAGUGAUAUUUCAGAAGAUUCAGGCAUUGAUCGUCUGCAGCAUCUAAUAUCACAGAAGGAGACAACCAGACGUCAUGUGCCUCUUGCUGGAAGAAUUUCCCACCACUCAAAACAAACUUGAAUGUGAUUAAGCUCUAGAUCGAGUGCCAAUUUACAGGAAAAACAGGGACAGAGAUUGUGCACAAGUCUCCAGAAUAAACAACCCAGUGUCUUCAACAAACGAAUUGCAAGGGGAGAAAAGAUGGAGGAGUAACUUAUAGAUUAAAACAGGCUUAAAAGUCAGAGCAUCCAAAUUGAACACGUGAACCUCAUUUGAACCCGGAGUCAAACUGUUUUUUUGAAAACUCCGUUAAUGACAAUUUUGAGACAAGUGAGAAACUUAAACACUAGGAAUUGCUGGUUGUAAUGUAAAAAGCAUUCUUUUGUAGUGAUUUACUAGAACGUUUCGAAAUGCAAUCGUAUG